GAGAUCAUGACCUGAGCUGAAGUUGGACACUUAACCAACUGAGCCACCCAGACCCUGCAUGUGGCCUUUUUAAAUAUGUGUUUGAGACAGAGUGAAUGUAGAAGCUCAAAAUGCCUGGACGAUUUCUGAUUUCUGUCCCUCCUUUUCCUGCCCUUUGGCCCCACUGCCUGAUUCGGAUGAUGUGAUAUUCAGAGGGACACCUUAAUCGAAGUCAUCCUUCGGAGAGACACUUCUGGCCAAAGACCGUGUCCACACCAUUCAGGAUGGCCAGUCAGCCGCCGGAAGAUGGGGCAGACUCUCAGGUCUCCGACGAGCUCGAGUGUAAGAUCUGUUACAAUCGGUACAACCUGAAGCAGAGGAAACCCAAAGUGCUGGAGUGUUGUCACAGGGUCUGUGCCAAAUGCCUCUACAAGAUCAUAGACUUCGGGGACUCCCCGCAAGGCGUCAUCGUCUGCCCUUUCUGCAGGUUUGAGACCUGCCUGCCGGAUGAUGAAGUCAGCAGCCUGCCGGAUGACAACAACAUCCUGGUAAACUUGACUUGCGGAGGCAAAGGCCAGAAGUGCCUGCCAGAAAACCCUACCGAGCUGCUGCUGACCCCCAAGAGGCUGGCGUCUCUUGUCAGCCCUUCUCACACUUCCUCCAACUGCCUGGUCAUAACCAUCAUGGAGGUGCAGAGAGAGAGCUCCCCGUCUCUGAGCUCCACUCCUGUGGUCGAGUUCUACCGGCCUGCAAGUUUCGACUCUGUCACCACCGUGUCCCACAACUGGACCGUGUGGAACUGUACCUCCCUGCUGUUUCAGACAUCCAUCCGGGUGCUGGUUUGGCUGCUGGGUUUGCUCUACUUCAGCUCCUUACCCCUAGGGAUCUACUUACUCGUGUCUAAGAAGGUCACCCUCGGGGUCGUCUUUGUCAGCCUCGUCCCUUCGAGCCUUGUCAUCCUCAUGGUGUACGGUUUCUGCCAGUGCGUUUGUCACGAGUUUCUAGACUGUGUGGCUCCUUCUUCUUAACCGAUGUGCAAACCAGGAAAUUUGACACCCGUUGCCACCUUUGAAGUUAGGUCACUUAUCAUUUGUUUAUUUUGUAUUUCUCUGUGAGGAGCGUCUGUGACCUUAACGAAGCCGUUGGCCAAAUGUUUGUGGUCUCUUUUUCCACCGAAAUCUGGACUCCGUCGGUUUUCCUGUAUGCUGGACAUAAACACGUUCAUUUCUACUUAGGGGUUGGCAAAGACGCAGAAAUGUAGGAGCUAAGCCUUCCUAGAGCUCUUCCGGGGAGUCUUCCCCCAGAAAUGGCCAAGAUCUCCCCCAGCCCUGCUAGACAGGCCCCAGGGGCGAGGGGUCAGGCUGUAGUAAGGUCUUUGUAGAUGGCUAGGGAUGAACGAUUUCUCUCGUAAUCCUUGAUAAUCUGUUGUGCAGGGUAGACACGAGAGGAAAGCUGUUCUGAGACAUGGCCGCUUAAAAAGUGUGACUCCCCCUGCGCCCCCCCCCCCCCCCCGCCUCCCCUCCCACACCUGGUUGUUGACGUUCCCUGGAAUCUUCAGGUGUUUUGUCUCAAAGUUAAGGCCACUGUCUGUGGUCUGCUGCCCCAGCGAGGGGCUCGUUCCCUGUGCACAAGCCCCUUUGCCAAGAGCGAAUCGGCCUCGUGCCCUUGUGCGGUUUCAAUUAAAUACCUGUUCUGCCACAUCACUGAAGAGAAAUUAAACCCACCGUGGACUUUGCAUCACAGCGCCCUUCAUGACAGAACAUGGCCCCUUGUCUUUGAGAUACACCCUUCCCUUCAUAUUUAUUUUCCUCUCGCCUCAGUCUUCUCUAAAAUUCUCACAGCCCGGUUAGUGUUCGUGGAAACCUUCCGUGGAGUCUCUCCCUAAAACGUUUUAGUUGAGUUUUGUCUUGUCAGCCACCUUGUUCAACGAGCCCCACCCCUUACCCAGAAUGAGGUUCCCCUGAAAUUAGUUGUUAGAUACUCAUGAGGCUUCCCCCCCCCCCCCAACUGUAUUUCAAAUUCCACUGUGAACUUCUGGAACUUACUCCUAUAAUGGUUUGGGGUGAAUGAAUUGUGGCCGUGGAAGCCCAGAAACAAUUGUGGAGAUGUUCUAGCUCACGGUCUGAGGUGCCGCGGACCGACGCAUUUUGCUGUGCUGUACUGAAUUGUAACCCAAACACAGUGGUUUAGGCCUGUGUGCAAAAUUGUGUUGCAGGAGGCCGGGCAAAGAGAUGGGCCAGAAGCAGAGCCGGCGGGCUGCUUGAGAGGACCCUCCCAGGAAACACAAAGGAAACGGCAGAGAACAACUUGACAUAUCGCUGGUCCUGUUGGCAGUCCAUUUUAGAACGGGUUCAAGUUCUUACGUAAUUGAUUUCAAAUAAAAGCGUAAGCCGUGUGACUCGUGUUAAUGAUUCUGUGACGGAGGGGAAGUCGAAUGUAUAUAUUUAUGAGAAGAAAUUGUCUAGCAGGUUUUAGGUUUGAGGGAAUAGAAUGUCCACAGAAACUAGGCCAAAAAAAAAAAAAAGCGCUUUUCAGUUCCUAAAACCCAUUACUGAUGAUUAACAUUAGAAUAUUUAUUACUCUUAGAAAAGGGCGUUACUAAGACUACUUGAACUUGUUGGCGAUGAAACAUUCGUUGCGUGGCACCGUUACAGUGGGUCAGUCCAAUCUCCGAAUUUUCGGGAAGAGUUGACGCUUAUUUUUAGAAUAGUCGUAGUUUGAUUUUAAUCGUAUAACUAUUGACUCUGAGAAUAUGUCCACCCAAGGGGAGUAUGACGGGAAAGCAUAUGUGGGGUGUGGCCCAAUGAAUUGGAGCCCCAAGUUACAGCUCAAUACAUUUAUAAUUUCAUAAAAUCUAGUUUAGAUAGCAUUGUGAAUGCGGUUUCCAAAAACCCAUUUGUACUUAGAGUAAAUCUAAUGUUUAGGAGGUGUUUUGUGGUUGGGAUUUAUAUAUUUAUAAGGUUUUUUUUUUUUUUAAUGUCCAUUUUGUCUGAAAUGUAACAUCAAAUAAAUUGGUGAGUAAUAGGAGAUUUCUAGAAAGCUCUGGUUGUGGGUACUGUGCAUUUUGCUUAUUUGUGUAAUGUCUGCAGUGCUAAAUUCGUGUUUCUUUGAAUAUUGUGAUAGUCUCCUUUUUAAAAAGUUGCUGGUAACUUCAUUUGGUUCUAAAGAGUUUUAAAUGGAAGACAGCAAAAAACUCUUCAUGCUGUUGAAUGAAAACACGACAAUGCUUCGAUAUUUUAUCCACUGUGAUAAUAUUUUGUUUGUCCAUUAAAUUGUUAUUGUUUCCACA